AUCAUCUGGAAAUAAAAAAUGAGUCUUCAGUUUAUUGAGGAUCAUUGAAAACUUUUUUUAAAGAUUGGUUUUUAUAGUUUUUGGAAUACAUACAGGAUGAAGAGAUUUUUUAUUAUUGUGAUGAUGGGAUUUGGGGGGAUGGGGCAGGAUAAUGGAUCUCAACCGAUUCAGCCGGGUCCACCUGAGAUUGACGAGCCGAAUGGAGACAGUACAACAGUGAAACCGAACCCACCUCUUUAUACCCCAAAAGAUCACAUAAUCCCUUUAUUAAUAACUGGAAAAGUCGAUCCCAAAGACUCAACACGACCACGUCGUCAGGAUUCGAUUGAAUAUCCAGGAUACGACGGAUGGUACAAUAAUCUUGGGAGGCCUGAUCGAGGUGCUAUUGAUACACCACUUCUGAGGGUAAGUCGAGCUGCUUACGGCGAUGGUGUCUACAAACUCGCUGAUAAGAAUCGACCAAAUCCCCUGGAACUCAGCGAGCAACUGCUGAAUGGUGAAAUCGGAAUGAAAUCGAGAACCGGUAGAAAUGUCUUACUCGUAUUUUUCGGACAACACAUAGUUGAGGAAAUUUUGGAUGCUCAGAGACCAGCUUGUCCACCGGAGUACAUAAACAUAGAAAUCCCGAAGAAUCAUCCGUAUCGUACGAGCAGUAAUCACACAGUAAUGCCUGUAUUGAGGACUCGUUAUGAUGAGCGAACUGGACAAUCUCCAAAUAAUCCCCGACAACAACUGAAUGAAAUAACGCCAUUCCUCGACGGAGGUCUCAUCUACGGAAUCACUAAGAGUUGGUCUGAUUAUCUUCGACUGGAUGGCAACAACAAACUCGUCGAUGAUGGCUUGUUGGCCUCCAGUUUGGACGGGCAAUAUCCUGAGGAGAAUAAAGUCAGACUUCCAAUGUUUAAUCCACCUCCACCGACUCGACAUGGGGACUACAUAAAACGACAUUCCCUGGAAGAUGUUCAGAGAUUCUUCAAAUUGGGAAAUCCCCGAGGCAAUGAGAAUCCUUUCUUGCUGUCGUUUGGUGUUAUUUGGUUCAGAUGGCACAAUGCAAUAGCGAAGGUGUUGAAGGUGCAGAAUCCUCGAUGGAGUGGUGAAAAAAUUUAUAAUGAAGCGAGAAAAUGGGUGAUUGCUUCCCAGCAGAGUAUCGUCGUGUACGAGUGGCUGCCCCAGUGGCUGGGGGAGAGUUUGCCUCCUUAUGAAAAAUACGAUCCAUCCGUUGAUCCCCAAAUCGAACAAUUUUUUCAAUCAGCUGCAUUUCGAUUUGGACAUACACUGGUUCCUGCUGGGGUUUAUCGACGAAAAAGUGGAAAAGAGGGGUGCGGAUACCGUGAGGACAUCCCCAAGGCCAUUCGCACGUGCAAUAAUUUCUGGCUGACAGAGAACAAACUUCGCCAAAAUGGUAAAACAAUUGAUGGACACAUUGUUAUCGAGGAUCUCCUGAGAGGAAUGGUAGUUCAACUAGCUGAAGCAGAGGAUCACAAAAUUGUUCCAGAUCUCCGAGGAAAUGUCUUCGGACCCCUGGAAUUUUCACGUCGCGAUCUCAUGGCAUUGAAUAUUCAACGGGCGCGCGAUCACGGAAUUCCGGAUUAUAAUACCGUGAGGGAGUUUUACAAAUUGCACAAGAUUGAAAGCUGGUCGCACUUCGUGAACGUUGACGAUGAAAUCAAGAAGAAAAUGGAGCAAUUGUACAAUCACGAUUUAAAUAAUAUCGAUCUUUGGGUUGGAGGUAUAAUGGAGACUGGGGAUGGACCAGGAAAACUCUUCACCCUCAUCAUUGCUGAUCAAUUCAAGAGAAUUCGGAAUGGAGACAGAUUCUGGUUUGAGAACGAGAAUAAUGGAUUAUUCAAACGAUCGGAGAUCAAACGAUUGCUAAAGCUCAAAUUCCGUGAUAUUCUCAUAAGUGUCACAGACAUCGACCAAGAGGAUCUCCCACUGAAUGUCUUCAGAGUUCCAACAUCGAGGAGUGAAUUCCACCAGAAUUGCUCGAAUUUCUUGUCCGAAGGGGAUUGCAAAUACGCAAAUGGCACCCGAAUAGGAUGCUGGCAUGCACCCCCAGUCACCGAAGCUAAGACAGAAGAAUGCACUCCCCUGGGGAGUUACGAUUACUUCGCAAACAGCCAAGUGUCCUUUACACUGACGUUCACCUCAACAAUCGCUAUUUUCGGUGCAUUUUUUCUACUAAUAGCAAUUAAAUUGCAACGAGCUCGUCGACAAAAUGACAAGUUACGUGCGAAACUAGUUAAAUCACCUAGUGCAGAGGACUCAGCCAAUAUGCACACAGCUUACGAAUGGAUUGGAUUUUCAACUCCAAAGCGAUAUGCUAUUCUUCAUCUCAAUCGAAACAGCAGACAAAUUGAAGUUAAAAAUACUCUAGGACAUUUAACAAGAGCUCUCGAUCUCCGGGUGUGCAAAAAAGUUCUCAUGUUUAUUGGACAUGACAGUCACUACUUGCUUCUCCGAGUUGAACACAAUUACGAUCUGGUCCUCAAAUUCGCAUCGAUCUACCUCAGAAAUGCAUUUGUCAUUACACUCGAGAGAUUUUUAAUAGACAUCGGUGUAGAGAGAGAAACUGUCGCCAGAAUCACUACAAUAGCUGUUUUGAAACAAGCCGUUACUAUGAAAGUCCGACAGAAGAAAUUGGAGCAAUUUUUUCGUGUUGUUUUUUCCCAGGCUUUCAAUAUUGCACAUUCGGAGGAUGAAAUACUUCAGAUCGAUUCUGAAGUUGCUAAAGAAGUCAUUCACACUGAACUGACAAUUCUGGAAUUUGCGGAGGCAUUGACGAUGCGAGCCGAUUCUGAAUUUGUUAAAAAAAUGUUCAACCUCAUUGACACUGAUAAAAACGGUUUUAUAUCGUUUAGAGAAUUUAUUGACAUGCUGGUGUUGUUUUUGAAGGGAACAGCUGAGGAUAAACUCAAACUCCUGUUCGAUAUGUAUGAUAUCAAUGGAGUUGGACAGUUGAAACGUGAAGAUUUUGCUGACAUGUUGAGGUCUUUCAUGGAUACAGUGAAUGCUGAUAUUUCUGAUGAUAAAUUGGAUUCUUUGAUCCACUCUAUGAUGGAUGAAGCGCAAUUGGCUGGGAAGGAGACGAUUGAUCUGAUGGAUUUUAAAAAUAUUCUUGGUGAGUUCAAUGACAAAUUGAGUUAUGCCGAGCUGGAGUUCAGUGUCACUGCUGAGGGUGCCAAUAAAAAAUUGCACAUGGGAAAAACAACGGUCAAGUCGAAAUUCAUUGGAGAAGUUAAGAGAACCGUCGAGGGAUUGUACGCCGAUCCCAAGGACUUGAGGAUGAGAGUUGCUGGAACAAAGGCAAUUCACUCUGAUUACGAAGCUGUUGACUCGAUGGCUGACAAUUUGGAUAUCGUAAAGAGCGUAAGUCUUCAUGAUAAUCAGUGGCAUCCGAUCAUGAAAUUUGUGGCUAACAAACAGCUGGAGAUAUUCUGGGUGAUAAUCUACACCGUAUUCUUGCUGGGGAUCUUUGCUGAGAGAUUUCAUUAUUACACAUUCUUGAGAGAGCACAACGGUCUGAGGCAGAUCACAAGCUUCGGUGUGUCAGUGACGAGAGGUGCAGCCUCGGCGAUGAUGUUCGCAUUCUCCAGUCUUCUGGUAACAAUGUGCCAUAAUAUAAUAACAAUCCUACGUGAUACAGUUCUUCAAUUUUACAUUCCCUUCGACUCUGCCAUUGAGAUGCACAAGUACAUCGCCUGCUGGGCCCUCAUCUUCACCCUGAUCCACGUAAUCGGUCAUGGCUUCAACUUCUACUACAUAUCGACGCAAACAGCUGACGACCUCACGUGUUUAUUCAGAAAUUAUUUUCACGCAUCGCACGAGCUACCGAAAUUUCACUACUGGGUCUGGGGAACAAUCACUGGAGUAACAUCAAUGUUACUCACUUUUGUUACCGGAAUUAUUUUUAUUUGCUCUCUUCCAGUUGUGAGAAGAAGACUCUACAAGUGGUUCGACUACGGUCACUGCCUCUAUCCCCUAUUUUACAUCCUGAUGAUUCUACAUGGAAGUGGACGACUCGUUCAAGGCCCUUAUUUCCAGUAUUUCUUCUGUGGUCCUGUUGUUUUGUUUACUAUCGAUAAAAUAUUUACAGCCAUGAGGAAGACCAUUGAGAUACCUCUGUUGAAGGUGGAAAUAUUGCCUUCCAAUGUCAGCUGUUUGAUCUUCCAGAAGCCACUACAUUUCCAGUACAAAGCUGGACAGUGGGUGAGAAUAUGCUGUCCAGCACUCAAUACCAAUGAGUAUCAUCCGUUUACUUUGAGCUCAGCACCUCAUGAAACUACUCUCUCGGUGCACAUUCGGUCUGUUGGCCCUUGGACUAUUAAUUUAAGGAACAAACUCGAUCCUGCGAGGAAGGAACUUUCAGAACUACCUAAGAUUCAUGUCGAUGGUCCCUAUGGGGAAUCUCAUCAGAACUGGAAUAAAUACAAUAUUUGUAUCAUGAUCGCAAGUGGAAUCGGGGUGACGCCUUUCGCAUCGAUCCUGAAGGAUAUCGUUUAUAAGACCAAUCAGAAUUGGAACUUGGGGAGUCGGAAGAUUUAUUUCCUCUGGGUCACCCAGAGUCAGAGGCAGUUCGAGUGGAUGGUGGAUAUCCUGAGGGAAGUCGAGAAAGUUGAUGUGAAACAUGUCGUCUCCGUUCAUAUCUUUAUCACACAGUUCUAUCAGAAAUUUGAUCUUCGAACUAUUUUAUUGUACAUCUGCGAACGCCACUUUCAAAAAAUUGCAAAUAAAUCGCUAUUCACUGGUUUGAGGGCAGUCACUCACUUCGGAAGACCGGAUUUCUCUCAAUUUUUAUUAGCAAUUGACAGAAUGCAUAAAGACAGUAAUACAGUUGGAGUAUUUAGUUGUGGGUCUCCCAUAGUCCUGAGAGCAGUGGAUAAUGCCUGUCAGAGUAUAAACAGCCGGAAGGACACUCAAACUCUCUUCCAACAUCAUUACAAGAGCUUCUGAUUGUUUAAAAAAAUUAACGAGACAAACGAGAAAUUAAUCCAGGAAAAAGCAGCCAAAAGAAAAUACAAUCAAUUCGACCUGACGAGCUCUAACUGGAUUCCAAUUUUAUUUUAAUAUUCCAGAUAUUUCCCUGUUUGUACUAAUCGUUAUUUUAAUUACGUCUCUCAUUUCUUCUCAUCAAGGUUCGAUCAAUGGAAAGACAGAUUUUAGCGUCUGAUUUCGCACAUAAUUUCUUUCUAGAAAACAUGAAUCUUCAAAUAUUGGUAACAUAACCAAUGCUACCCCAAAGAACUUAUUGUAAUACAUACAAUUAUUUUGUUAUGUAAACAUUGAAUAAAAAUAUAUAAUUCUGGA